UGGGUAAUAUUUUAUGUCAAAAUUUAGAAAUUAAUCCUUUAUAAAGGCUUUAAGACCUUCAUUGUUAUAUUUUUAGACAGAGGUAAGGCUCUUUAGAUAUUUUAGGAUCUCCUUUGUAGCCCUCUAGGCCAUCUAAAGUCUUUGAUAUUUUCUUUCUUAUCCUAGCUGCACGCUUGAGAAGGUUACUGAUGUCUUCUUUUAAUGACGCACUUGGCUUCUUAUCCUUAAUGCCAAAGAUACCAAGGCUUGUUCUUCUCUUACUAUUAAAUUGGCUUAACUUUGGCUUCAUUAUUUUCAUUCAGGGUACUUUCUCAAACUUUUCCUCCUUGAGGGAGGAAGGAUGUAGUGAAUUAUCGCUCAUGCAGGAAUUAUUUCUUUUCUUUUUACUGCUAAGCGAAUUCCCACUCAUGUUGGAAAGAAUCUUUUCAGACCCUCUAACUUGUCACGAUCAUACCUCUUCGCUAAGAAAUUCAUCAGAGAUAUUUUCAUCAUCCUGAGAUUUAUGUAAAGCUUCCAUAUUUAACUAUAUUUAUUAA